GAUGCUGCCUGCGAACGAGGAUGCUCCUGCGCGCGCUCUGCCUUUAUGCGUUCAACAUGGAAGGGUUUAAUUAAUGCAUAUGUGUCCCUCUCGCCCGCAAGCUAAUGCAUUUUAAUUCGCAAUUUGGGACUGAACGUGCGUUUUUUCGGUUGCAAAAGCAGCGGAAUUUUCUCAUUGAAAUUUUGUUGAUUAAUUCGAGUCGUCUGCUGGACACUGAGUUUUCAGAAAAGGGGCAAAUUAUGCCAUCAGCAGCGGAGCCGCAGAUCGCCGCUCAGACAGCUCAGCUCCGCCCCCUCCUCUCCCUCGGGUGGCUGCUCCGACCAUGAGCACCAGCGGGCCCGCCCCUGCGGCCACGUCCACGCCCGCCCCCGUCGGAUCGCUCGCCCAGAGGAAGCGGCAACAGUAUGCCAAAAGCAAGAAGCAGGGCAGCAGUGCCAACAGUAGGCCGCCCCGCGCCCUCUUCUGUCUCAAUCUCAACAACCCCCUCCGCAGAGCCUGCAUCAGCCUGGUGGAGUGGAAGCCAUUUGAUAUCUUUAUAUUAAUCGCUAUUUUUGCCAACUGCAUGGCCUUAGCAGUCUACAUUCCCUUCCCUGAAGAUGACUCCAACUCAACCAAUCAUGACCUGGAAACAGUUGAAUAUGCCUUCCUCAUCAUUUUUACAAUUGAAACCUUUUUGAAGAUUAUAGCUUAUGGAUUAGUGAUGCAUCAGAACGCAUAUGUGAGAAAUGGUUGGAACAUGCUGGAUUUUGUAAUUGUAGUCAUAGGGUUAUUUAGUGUUGUCUUGGAAUUUUUAACCAAAGACAAAGAACCAGAAACUACAGGGACCCACGCGGCGCAAGCACACGGACACGGCGGGAAGUCGGGCGGUUUCGAUGUGAAAGCGCUCAGAGCUUUCCGCGUGCUCCGUCCCCUCCGGCUGGUCUCAGGAGUGCCCAGUCUACAGGUGGUGUUGAAUUCCAUUAUAAAAGCCAUGGUUCCCCUCCUGCACAUUGCCCUCCUGGUUCUGUUUGUGAUCAUCAUCUACGCCAUCAUAGGACUGGAACUUUUCAUUGGGAAAAUGCAUGCUACCUGCUUUAUUCCUGGUACAGAUAUAAUAGCAGAAGACGAACCUGCACCAUGUGCAAUCUCAGGUCACGGGCGCCAGUGCGCCAUCAAUGGCACCGUAUGCAGAGAAGGCUGGCAUGGCCCCAACGGGGGCAUCACCAACUUCGAUAACUUUGCCUUUGCCAUGCUGACUGUGUUCCAGUGCAUCACCAUGGAGGGCUGGACUGACGUGCUGUACUGGAUGAACGACGCAAUGGGCCUAGAGCUUCCUUGGGUUUACUUUGUCAGUCUUGUCAUCUUUGGAUCCUUCUUUGUUCUAAACCUUGUUCUUGGUGUGUUGAGCGGAGAGUUCUCUAAAGAGCGAGAGAAGGCCAAAGCCCGUGGAGAUUUCCAGAAGCUCAGAGAGAAGCAGCAGCUGGAGGAAGACCUGAAAGGAUACUUAGACUGGAUCACGCAGGCUGAGGACAUCGACCCCGAAAAUGAGGACGAGGCAGACGGAGAAAAGCGCAACCCGAGCAUGCCUGCCAGUGAGACGGAGUCGGUGAACACGGAGAACGAGAAAGAAGAGAAGACGCCUUGCUGCGGGCCUCUCUGUCAAAAAAUUUCAAAGUCAAAGUUCAGUCGGCGCUGGCGUCGCUGGAACAGGUUCUGCCGCAGGAAGUGCAGACUCGCUGUGAAAUCGGUCACGUUCUACUGGCUGGUGAUCGUCUUGGUGUUCCUCAACACUCUCACCAUCUCCUCAGAGCACUACAACCAGCCCAACUGGCUCACUCAAGUGCAGGAUGUGGCCAAUAAAGUGCUGUUGGCCCUGUUCACGUGUGAGAUGCUGGUGAAGAUGUACAGCCUGGGGCUGCAGGCCUACUUUGUCUCGCUCUUCAACCGUUUUGACUGCUUUGUGGUGUGCGGGGGCAUCACGGAGACCAUCCUGGUGGAGCUGGAGAUCAUGUCUCCGCUGGGGAUCUCCGUGUUCCGCUGCGUGCGUCUGCUGCGCAUAUUCAAAGUCACGCGGCACUGGGCAUCUCUCAGUAACCUGGUGGCCUCUCUGCUUAACUCCAUGAAGUCCAUCGCCUCCCUGCUGCUGCUGCUGUUCCUCUUCAUCAUCAUCUUCUCGCUACUGGGCAUGCAGGUAUUUGGCGGGAAGUUCAACUUUGACGAGACGCAGACCAAGAGGAGCACCUUCGACAACUUCCCCCAGGCCCUGCUCACUGUGUUCCAGAUUCUGACAGGAGAGGACUGGAACGCGGUCAUGUAUGAUGGGAUCAUGGCUUACGGUGGCCCGUCUUCUUCAGGAAUGAUUGUCUGCAUUUACUUCAUCAUCCUCUUCAUCUGUGGAAACUACAUCCUACUGAAUGUGUUCUUGGCCAUUGCCGUGGACAACCUGGCUGAUGCUGAGAGCCUGAACACUGCUCAACAGGAAGAGGCAGAAGAGAAGGAGAAGAAAAAGAUUGCUAGGACUGGGGGUGGAGAUGGAAAGGAGGAUGAGAAAGCAGAGGGGGACAGCAAGGUUCCUGUGGAAGAGGAAGAGGAGAAAGAUCCCUACGCUGACACUGCAGGGGAUGAGGAUGAAGAAGAACCAGAGGUCCCUGCCGGGCCCCGGCCAAAGGUAUCUGAGCUGGUGAAGAAGGACAAGAUUACACCUAUUCCAGAAGGCAGUUCCUUCUUCAUCUUCAGCAGCACCAAUCCAAUUCGGGUGGGAUGUCACAAGCUCAUCAACCAUCACAUCUUCACCAAUCUCAUCCUUGUCUUCAUCAUGCUGAGCAGUGUUUCCCUGGCCGCUGAAGAUCCCAUUCGUAACGUCUCUGCCCGCAACAUUGUCCUAGGCUAUGCAGAUUAUGUCUUCACUAGCAUGUUCACAUUUGAGAUCGUGCUGAAGAUGACCACAUAUGGAGCGUUCCUGCACAAGGGUGCCUUCUGCAGAAACUAUUUCAACCUGCUGGACCUGCUGGUGGUGGGUGUGUCCCUGGUGUCCUUUGGAAUUCAGUCUUCAGCGAUCUCGGUGGUGAAGAUUCUGAGAGUGUUGCGGGUGCUUCGGCCCCUGAGGGCCAUCAACCGAGCCAAGGGCCUCAAGCACGUGGUUCAGUGCGUGUUUGUGGCCAUCAGGACCAUCGGAAAUAUCAUGAUUGUCACCACACUGCUGCAGUUCAUGUUUGCCUGCAUCGGAGUGCAACUCUUCAAGGGGAAGUUCUACCGGUGCACAGAUGAGGCCAAAUCCAGUCCUGAGGAAUGCAAGGGGACCUACAUCAUGUAUAAAGACGGAGACGUCAACCAGCCCGUUGUGCGGCAGAGAUUCUGGCACAACAGCGACUUCAACUUCGACAAUGUCCUCAUGGCGAUGAUGGCCCUGUUCACUGUGUCCACCUUCGAGGGCUGGCCAGCGUUGCUCUACAAGGCAAUCGACUCCAACCGUGAGAACCUGGGCCCCAUCUAUAACUACCGUGUGGAGAUCUCCAUCUUCUUCAUCAUCUACAUCAUCAUCAUUGCCUUCUUCAUGAUGAACAUCUUUGUGGGUUUCGUCAUCGUCACCUUUCAGGAGCAGGGCGAAAAGGAGUAUAAGAACUGUGAACUAGACAAGAACCAGCGUCAGUGUGUGGAGUAUGCUCUGAAGGCAAGGCCACAGCGUAGAUACAUCCCUAAGAACCCGUAUCAGUACAAGUUCUGGUACGUGGUCAACUCCACAGGAUUCGAAUACAUCAUGUUUGUGCUCAUCAUGCUCAACACCGUCUGCCUGGCUGUGCAGCAUUAUGGCCAGUCUCCUCUCUUUAACUAUGUUAUGGACAUUCUCAACAUGGUUUUCACCGCAGUCUUCACCGUGGAGAUGGUCCUCAAGCUCAUCGCCUUCAAACCCAGGCACUACUUCACUGAUGCAUGGAACACGUUUGAUGCGUUAAUAGUGGUUGGUAGCGUGGUGGACAUUGCGAUCACGGAAGUCAAUCCCACAGAGGCUCCCCAGGUGGAUGAGUCUGGGAACACGGAGGACAGUGCCAGGAUCUCCAUCACCUUCUUCCGCCUGUUCAGAGUCAUGCGAUUGGUCAAGCUCCUGAGCAGAGGGGAGGGCAUUCGCACCCUGCUGUGGACAUUCAUCAAAUCUUUCCAGGCCUUGCCGUAUGUAGCUCUCCUGAUAGCCAUGCUGUUCUUCAUCUAUGCUGUUAUUGGAAUGCAGAUGUUUGGGAAGGUGGCCAUGGUAGAUGGGUCUCAGAUCAACAGAAACAACAACUUCCAGACCUUUCCACAGGCCGUCCUGCUGCUCUUCAGGUGUGCCACAGGAGAGGCGUGGCAGGACAUCAUGCUGGCUUGUAUGCCAGGUAAACUCUGCGAUCCGGAGUCUGACUACAACCCUGGAGAGGAGUACACCUGCGGGAGCAGCUUUGCCAUCAUCUACUUCAUCAGCUUCUACAUGCUCUGUGCCUUCCUGAUCAUAAAUUUGUUUGUUGCUGUCAUUAUGGACAACUUUGACUAUCUGACACGUGAUUGGUCAAUUCUUGGCCCUCACCACUUGGAUGAGUUCAAGCGGAUCUGGUCUGAGUACGACCCAGAAGCCAAGGGCAGAAUUAAGCAUCUGGAUGUGGUCACCCUGCUCCGCCGGAUCCAGCCCCCCCUGGGCUUUGGCAAGCUCUGUCCCCACAGAGUAGCCUGCAAGAGGCUGGUGGCCAUGAACAUGCCUCUGAACAGUGAUGGCACGGUCAUGUUCAAUGCCACACUGUUUGCUCUGGUCAGGACCGCACUGAAGAUCAAAACUGAAGGAAAUCUGGAGCAGUCCAAUGAGGAACUGAGGGCCGUUAUAAAGAAGAUCUGGAAACGAACCAGCAUGAAGCUGCUGGACCAAGUGGUGCCCCCUGCUGGUGAUGAUGAGGUGACCGUGGGGAAGUUCUAUGCCACCUUCCUGAUACAGGACUACUUUAGGAAAUUCAAGAAACGAAAAGAAGAAGGUCUAGUGGGAGUGCACUCAUCGCAAAACAACACAGCCAUUGCCCUACAGGCCGGUCUCCGCACGCUGCAUGACAUCGGGCCUGAAAUUCGCCGGGCGAUAUCAUGUGACCUGCAGGACGAGGAGCUAGUAGACUUUAUUCCUGAGGAGGACGAGGAUAUUUAUAGGCGAAAUGGUGGACUCUUCGGCAAUCACGUCAACCACAUGAAUGGGGACAGCAGGGGCUCGGGCCACCGCACUAAUGCCACACAGCGCCCCCUGCAGGUCCACGCUCCGCCUCACUACGUCCUCAUGGAGCACCACGUGGGGCGGUUCGGACGGAUGGCCAAUGCCCUGCCCUACAACAACCACCACCACCACAAUUCCUACUCCAAAUCCACCAACGCCAACCUCAACAACGCCAACGUCUCCAGCCUGCCCAAUGGGAGGCACAACCGCUUCUAUGAGCACAUCCCCGCCAAUGGCUACCCCGGCCACCAGGGGCCCUACUACGCUGGAGACUACAACAGGUCCCGUUCCUCCCAUAUACAGAGGACUCGCUACUAUGAGACCUAUAUUAGGUCCCACGCGGGGGACGACUCCCACCCCACCAUCCGAAGAGAGGAUGAGUACGGCGAGGAAGAUCGCUACUCUGGGGAGUACUACAGCGGGGAGGAGUGCUACGAGGACGACAGCAUGCUGUCUGGAGACAGGAGGUCAUAUAAAGAGUACCUGGACAGGUAUCCUAACAGUGAUCCUGACUAUGAAACUCAAAGGGGAUACCAUCACCCCGACAGCUACUAUGACGAUGACGAGCAGCCCCUCUACAACGACUCGCGGCGGUCGCCGAAGAGGAGGCUGCUCCCACCCACACCACAAGCCAAUAGACAGCCGUCUUUCAGUUUUGAGUGUCUGCGCAGACAGAGCAGUCAGGACGACCUGCCCCUCUCCCCUGGACUGCACCAGCGCACUGCGCUUCCUCUGCAUCUGAUGCAACACCAGGUGAUGGCUGUGGCUGGUCUGGACUCCAGCCGGGCGCAGAGACUUUCACCGACGCGCUCCACAAGAUCCUGGGCCACGCCCCCCGCCACGCCAACCAAUAAAGACCGGUCCCCCUAUUACACCCCCAUGAUCCGAGUGGACCGGCCCAGCCACGACAGUAUGAGCAGCAGUCAGUCAUCUGUCAGGAAGAGCUCCUGGUACACAGAGGAGUCUGACCACGUCCAUCGGACCUAUACACCUGUGCACUUGCAGGUUCCUGCGGAGUUCAGGCAGCAGUAUCUUCACAAGAGAGGCAGUGCCACCAGUUUAGUGGAGGCGGUGCUGAUAUCCGAAGGCCUGGGCAGGUAUGCCAAGGACCCCAAGUUUGUGGCUGCCACCAAGCACGAGAUCGCCGAUGCGUGUGAGAUGACGAUUGAUGAGAUGGAGAGCGCGGCCAGUCACCUGCUGAACGGCGGCGUGCCGCCGGUCCUCCCCAUCCUCAGCCAGCGCAGUUACGAGCUGCAGGACUUCCCCACGGGCUACAGCGACGAGGAGGCGGAGCCCGAGCCUCGCCCCAAAUACGAGGAGGACCUCGCUGACGAGAUGAUAUGCAUUACCACUUUAUAGCAAAACGCACUGACUUAAAAAAUAAAUAAAUGAAGGCAUCUAUUGGCUCGUUCACAAGAGAAGUGCCUUUCUGCUGUGGAACAUUAAAGGCACCAGCAGCAGGAUCCCCAGCACCAGGAACCACAAGCCCCACCCAGAACCGCGUUGUCCUCCCAAACCCUGAGUGCAGGAGCCAACCUGCUGCUGGAUGCUGCAGGACCUGGACACUGUAGGGUUGAAUGGGCCAGUGUUUUGUUGAUUGGUACAGUAUAGUGAUGGAUUUGGGCAGUAUAGUGUUGAAUGGGGCAGUGUAGGGUUGGAUGGGGCAGUAUAGUGUUGGAUAGGGUGGUGUAGGGUUGGAUGGGGCAGUGUAGUGUUGGAUAGGGUGGUGUAGGGUUGGAUGGGGCAGUGUAGUAUUGGAUAGGGUGGAGUAGGGUUGGAUGGGGCAGUGUAGUGUUAAAUAGGGUGGUGUAGGGUUGGAUGGGGCAGUGUAGUAUUGGAUAGGGUGGUGUAGGGUUGGAUGGGGCAGUGUAGGGUUGAAUGGUGCAGGCAGUCCUCUGCAGGGUUUAACAGGUUAUGACAAUCAGACUAAAGAUGUCAUUUUCCUGAGUCACUUUAUGUUGUAUCAGCAUAUCCAGAUAGGCAUAUCCCCUAUUAGGUUUCAAGUAUGGAUCGAACCUUCCUGUUGUUAUUCAAGUCAGUUUACAAAAAUAUAUCAUGUCUGCUUUGUUGUAUUAUCAGACUAGAGAUGAUAUGUUUCUGUGGUUGUCUCCACGGAAGAUUUUGCCCAUCCGUGAGCUGACACCAAGCUUAUUUUUCAAUAAUAGCCGAUUUAAUAUUUCGUAGUGCAUCUACUGUAAAUGACUUGUAAUAUAUUACAAAAGUAAACUUUGUAAAGAGAUGUUCUAUAUUUUGUAAUUAUGUACCGUAUAGAAAAACAGCAAUAUGGUUCCUAAUUAUGGUUCCUGUUAUGAUACUAUAAAAUAGAUUGAUGUUAUUUUAUUAGGAAUAUAUACAAAUGAAGUUUAUUUACCUUUUUUUGCUCCAAUGUAUUUUUGAUUUUUUUUCUGUGAAGUGGCAGUUUUUAUGGGGUUAGGACAGUAUGGAUAUACAUUUGCACAAGAUAGCACAGAGCAGUUGCUUUCUGCGGAGCAUCUGAAGGCUGCAGAGAGCACCCCCUGGGGAGAGGGGCGUGCCAAUGCCCUGCUCGAGACGGGGGGGGGGGGGGCGGUGCAGGGUGGGAGAGUGCUGACUGGAUGAGGUGGAGAAGGCUGUGGUUGCUCGUUAAUGAUGCUGCUUUAAUUAGUUAAUGAAAUUGUAAGUGCUCCUUUGGGCUUGAUUUGUUCCAGGUGAAAUGCCCUCUGUCUUGAGCCAGUUACUGAAACUGAGCUGAAUUCUGUGGGAUUGAAAAUGACAGUGGUCGAUUCACUAGGGGAUAAUAGAGUACACCCACAGGUGAGUGAACAUGGGAAGCAAUAUGUUCAUCUGUAAAGGGAAGGAAGCUCUAAAAAGGUAUAUUCACAUGCGGGAGUGACUUUCUGAAAGGGUAUAUGCACCUGUGGGAGUGAUGUUCUGAAAGGGUAUAUUCACCUGUGAGAGGGAUGUUCUGAAAGGGUAUAUUCAUCUGUGGGAGUGAAGUUUUGAAAGAGUAUAUUCACCUGUGGGAUUGAAGUUCUGAAAGGGUAUAUUCAUCUGUGGAAGUGAAGGUCUGGAAGUUUAAAUGUACAUGGAUACAAACCAUGUCCAUAGGAACUAAGAAGAACUGGAGAGUGGUUAAGCAAUAUUUUCCCCCAUUCUUACCAAACCAUCAUCCUCUACAUAUACCUCCUAUGGAACAACAUAUCAGUGUUUGAAAGGUUCCUGUGCUCAUGCGUUUUUAACGUGAGUGUUCCUGUUUGUGUCACCAUGGAGACAAUUUGGCACAAUCAUUCUGUCACUUUAAUCAUACUCAAUGCUAUUAAAACAAUGAAUACUUAAAAAAACAAGUAAUAAUACUUUGAGCUUCAGGCCAUUGUCUGAAAAGGGGUCUGUUUGGGGAAACAUAAGAUGCAUAACUACUGGGAUAUUUGAUUUGUCAUCGUUUUGAGUGUUUACUGUGCUUUCAGCAAAUCCAAACACCCCAGGGGGAAAUCGUUCGGUUUUCCUCAUGGCGUGUGUGCUAUGAAAGGGCUCUUCCAAUAGUUUGUGAGAGAAAUGUGUUCUGGUCUCUUUUUUUUCUUCUUCUUUCUUUUUCUUUUUGGUAAAACUUCCAAGUCUAAACUCUUUACUGUGUGAGGGACCUUAAACACCCCAGCACAUUGUACUGUACGUAGCAAAUACUGAUAAUAUACUUAUAAAUAUGCAUUCUUUUUAAAAACAAAAAAACUUGUGUAAAAUGUGUUCAAAUGAAGACUAAAACCAAGAUACCUUUUACCUCAAAUCAGGGAUUCCUGAGUAAAAAUUAAAUAAAUAAAAAAUGAAUUGGUUCCUUCUAUGCCAAUAGUAUUUAAUAUUAGCACAUAGCUGUCUGUCUUUACACACGUACAUGUAUAAGUGCUAGUGUUUCUUUUUCAGUUCUCUAAAUCUCAGAUCUGUGUGUAAGGUGAGCUGAUUUUGUAUUUUUCUUGUGGUUGUGUGUAUGGUUUAGUGAAAUCUAUCUUCCUCAUUUAUGUCACCUUCAAAAUGCUGGGAUUAUGUACAAUCUUUAUUUAUGAGGGUUAUAUGAUAUCUCAAAAGUAAUAAACAAUGGUUUACAAAAAGCCUGUUAACUGAAUAAUGUUAAUCUUUCAUCAUUAUUAUUAUUAUUAUUAUUAUAAGUGUAUUCAUAUACUAAACUGUAAAAUAUGUACAAUGAUAUGAGAAGAUCUGUGGUAAGUGGUUAGUUUCCUUGGCAUUUUUAUUCAGUUAAGAUGAUUCUCCUUCAGUAGCAAAUUAUUUAUUACCCUUUAGGUUUUGUAUCAAUGACAUUUUUUUUCAGAUUUCUUUUUGGCCUUGGAAUGAUUUGAAUCAGUGCUGAUAUUUUAUUUUCUAAUGAUAAUUACUGAAUAAACUCCCAUUAAAAAUCAA